CUCUCUCACUCCUGCCGUCGUUUAGGGCUUCAUUUGUGGAGCGUUCGAUCUUCUACUCGACGCUUUUUUGAGUAAUUGCUCUCACUCAUCGAAAUCACCGAAUUCUGCUUCAACGGUGUGUAUCGGUGGGAUUUUCUUGGCCAUUCUCCUGCCACUUCUCACAGUCGAUCGAUGUCCUAUUUAUGCUGCGAGGUUGCUAUGUUGCUGUAUUCUGCAUCUCCAAAAUUCGAAGUCAUUUUUUGAAUGCUAUAACAGCGAUUCUGAGGAUGUUGUGAUUUUGGGAUUUUGGAGCGAAAUUGAAGUGUAUAGAAGUGGAGAGAGCUAGCGUUUGAAGCGAGCAACUUCAAAUUACUGUCCCGGUGGUAAACCACAACUAAUUGAUAACAGGCGGAGGUUUCUAUUCGUGCAAUGGGGGUGGACUUAGCCAGAAGCAGUGAAGAGAGUGACCGUGACCAAUGGGGGACGGAGGUGGUACCUCAUGUUAUGCAACUUGUCAGUUCGUACUUGGGACAGCGCGAUGUUUGCGCGUUGCUGUGCGUUAGCACCUCCAUUCGCCACCUGCUUACCUCGCACGCCCCUUUGUGGAAGAUUUUGGACUUACGGAACAGGAAGCAUGCAGGUGAAACCUUAGUUGUUGUUUUGGCUCAGAAGCGUUUCCGGAAUGUGGAAGAAAUUAAUCUUGAGUUCGCACAGGAUGUAGAAGACAAGCAUUUGACAGCUAUAGCCUUUAAGAGUCUUCGACGAAUAAAUCUUAAUGCGUGCCAGAAGGUCACCAAUUCGGGCGUCAUUUUCGUAGCUUCGGCUAAUCCAAGUUUGACAUCAUUCUCGAUAUACUGGAAUUUGAAAGUGACUGACGCUGGCAUUGAAGCAGUCGUGAGAUCUUGCAAGGAUCUCAGAAGUUUGAACAUCAGCGGGUGUAAGAGUCUUACAGAUAGGAGCUUGCGAGCCGUUGCAAAGCAUGGCCAGAGAAUUCAAAUUCUCAAUCUCACUAGAGGCGUGAAACUUACAGACGAGGGGCUGGUGGAAGUUAUCAAUGCUUGCCGGGAAAUUGUAGAACUAUAUCUUUAUGCGAGUCCCAAUUUCACAGACACGUCUUUCAUAACGUUAAGCAAGUUAAGCGAACUUCGCGUCCUUGAUCUCUGUGGUGCUCAUCUUUUAUCAGAUGAUGGAUUGUCGGCAAUUAGUGAGUGCUCAAAAUUAGAGACCCUGAAUUUGACUUGGUGCAUCAAUAUCACAGACGUUGGACUCACGGCCCUUGCACAGCACUGUUCUCGUCUUCAGAGUUUAAGCUUGCAUGGACUUCUUGGAGUAUCUGACGAAGGCCUGGAAAGCCUUGCCGCAUGCUGUGGAAGUUCCUUGAUAGCCCUUGACGUCAAUGGUUGCAUAAAUGUCAAGCGGCGUUCCAAGGAAGAACUGCGGAGGCUAUUCCCCAACUUAAAAGUCUUUCUACUCCACACUUAAGAAAAUAUUACUUUACGUACAGAGGUCGAGCCCACCGAUUUGUAGCCCAAAAAGGACAGGAUAGUUCAAGUUUACAAGAUCAAGGGUUUACUAGAUCAAGAGCUAUGUUAGUAGGCCUGUACGUGAGGAAAAGGGUCGGAUUUAACUUGAGACUUGGGAGACGUCAAAGAACCUUUUACAAAGCUGGGAUUGAUAACCCAAUCGAACUUAACAUUUUAGCUGAUGCUGAGACGAAAUGUGAUUUCUUGCAUUCAAUCUGUUGUGUACAAUUUUUUCUGUAA